GCUCCUGAGGCAACAAAUGACAUGGUAGUGUGUAAACCAGUACCGAAGUCCAAGGAUCAUGCCCGAACUGGUGUGAAAUGUACACUGGACAGAGCAUAUGGUGGUCCUCUUCCAGAUCCUCACAUCCUUGCCAGUGUUGAGAAACUGCAAGACAAACGCCCACAACCAGGCAUUUGCAAAUUGCUCCACGGGCUUGAGGCCCUUAAUUUUGUGGACUCUAAAUUUGGCCCGGUGCCAUUUGGGUCUUUGCUCUCUUACCAGUGCCCUCCUGAGAUAAGUAGAGACAUUAUUAAACACCCUGGUGCCCCUGGAUUUCCUCAGUUGCCCAUUGAAGGUCACAAUUUUAAAUUUCACAUACAAUUUGAGCCUAACUACAAGCAACAAUGCCACUUAGAGAGCCUUAAAGUGUCAAGGGAGAUCUCUGCUGCUAUUGAGGCAGAAACACGACUGCAGUCAGAAUGCCAGCUGUGGACCCAGGUACGCAAACCCCGACUUACAGCCAGCAGAUUUGGUGAGAUAUGUCAUGUCCGUGGAGAGUCAACUGCAAAAUCCUUAGCUGCUCGCAUUCUGAGAGGAACUCCUCAGACAGCAGCUAUGAAAAGAGGGCUGGACCUGGAGCCUGACAUACUAUGGCAAUAUUCUGAUUUCUGUGAUGUCACUGUGACGCAGUGUGGGGUCCUCAUCCACCCUGAUGCACUUCACCUUGCAGCCAGCCCUGAUGCCAAAGUUUUCAACCCCAGAGAAACAUCACCAUUUGGGUUGGCAGAGGUUAAGAGUUGUGAUGUUGAAGAUGUUGCUCAAGUUAAACACCUGAUCACAGUUCCAGGCCAGGCUUGCCUUAAGAAAAGCCACAAAUAUUACUAUCAGGUUCAAGGCCAGCUGGCCAUAAGCGGACUACAGUGCUGUGAUUUUAUAACAGAUACCCACACUGACUUCACAGUUGAAAGAAUAUUUAGGGAUGAGGAGAUCAUCAAAUCAGUGCGACAGAAGCUGGAUUAUUUUUAUCACAACAUCUACAUGGAUGUAUUAUUACGUUAAGGCAGAAUUUUCAAAUGUAAAUAUUUCUAUGAACAUCUGAUGCAUGUAAUUCCUGUUGUAAAUACUUUUUCAAUUUACAACUUAAGUCAGUGUUGCAUUGUAUGUAAAUAUCCUUUGACUUAUCGAGCAGUGGUCGCUCUUCAACCAGUUUUCAACCUUGUUUGUAGCUUUGAGCUGCUAUGAAAGUUUUGUAUUAGUUUCCUUCAUCUCACAUAAAUGCUAUUACCAAAUAUGUAAAUAAAAAA